UUAAUUAAGUAUGUCAAUGUCAAACUAACGUCACAUAUAUACAAAUCUUCCACCAGAAAUCUCAGUGUAUUCGCAUUCAAAAUUGUCGUAUGUGAACGUUGCUCGUAUUCCGUCAAAAUGCCCAGCAUAUUUCUUUUGGAAGUACUCAUUUUCAAAAUAAAUUUUGAGUACGAUGGAGAGUCAAUCUCCACCAAGGACGAUAUUUUGGUGAAUGUUCGAUUCUCUGAUAUGGUGAAUAUGGAUAUCGCUCCCGAAAAUUUCCCCGUGCUGGGAGAACAACCCAUUGUCCCUUCUCCGAAUGUAACCGUCGAUCUCAAUAUGGGAAAAACUUAUUUAUUCGACUACAUCGCAUCAGAUCUCAUAAUGGAGCUGAAAACGCUUCCACUAGAGUUGCUCUUCCGAGUCAAAAGAAAGCCCAUCGGAACCGCACUGAUUCCCUGGAAAAGCGAGUUCUCCGACAUGGUGAAAAUCUAUGAAACGAUCGGGGUGGUGAAAUCCGUGGAUUACAACGGAACCGUCGAUAUUUUGGAAGAAGAUAUCGGAAAAGUUGGUAGCGUCGACCUUUUCAUUCGCUUAUCUUGUUUCGGAUCCAGUAUAGAAACAGAUUUUAGGAUGGAUCCGCUGACUGAUGAGUUUACUUUCAUGAAUCCGAGGACCAUGGCUACGUUCAAAUGCGAAGGGUUCGAUCCCCGUACGACAUUCGUAACCCCCGUCUCGAGCAUCUAUCACCCCGUCCUUAACGUGCCCGUGCCGACCAACACCGCCACCAGCCAGAUUUCUUGGACAGAACUUUUCGGUGGUGGAGUGAGUGCUGAUGCCAAGCUCAGCGUCGCGCCGAUGGCCGUCGACGAUGAAGACUUCUUUGACAAGCUCGGCCACGCCACCGACAAGGACAUGGAGGUCUCAAGAAGCGCUUUCGACAUAGUCUCGAUGGUAUUCCGGCCGCCGGAGAACAAGUUCUUCGACUUCCUCAACAUGGUGUCCGCUGAGGUGGCCACCAAAGAGGAGGAGACCAUGGUGACGCUGACGUUCGACAAGCAAAACAGCCACAAGAAGUUGACGACGAUCGACGAGCAGCGGCACGUUGGAGAGAGGAGGGCUACUUUUGUUGAAGAAACUCUUAACGGGAAGGAGAAAGAGGUGAAAGAGAAACAGAAAGAAAAAGAGAAAGAGGUAGAGGAGAAAAAGCCUGAUCCCGCACUGGAAAUGACAGCGGAGAUGUUCGCCAAAAAACUAUGCAAGAACAAGGACUGUCCAGGAGCCAAAAAGUUCAAGGAGUUCGGAAUAGGGCCACUGGCAACAGGAGCAGGUCUUGGAACUUUGUACACAAUCGUUGAACCUCCAGUUUCGUACGGCCUGAGCCAUACCUACGGAACUUUGUCAAAUUACGGACCUUACGGCUUAUUUACAAGGCCCAAAGAUCCCAAUCAACCUUUCAUCCCCCGUAAAAAACCUUCAGAAACUCCAUUGUCAACUUGUCCAAACAGCAAAAUAUAUUCUACCUGCAAUCACAAACUAAAAUUAAAAGACGUAUCAGCCAUAAGCGAAAAUGGUAACGAAGCCAAUAUUAGUCCCAAAUGUCCAAUGGCAGCCAGAUUGAGAGGGGGGGGUCUCAAAGAAAAUCAUUCAUGUGGAAUCCAAAAUAUAUGCUUUAAGUGGAACCAAAUUUUUGCUGCAAAGGAAGUUCCUGUAGUGUUUUAUCAAGAACAAAGUUGUUCAUCCGAAGCGAAUAGCGUCUCAAGAUAUACUCGACAUUCUUUACAAACAAAUUUUUCUCCGGUAUUACGCCUGAGAGGAGGAGGACCGGUGGAUCUUGAUCUGUACGGUCCUAGAUCUCCGUUUUUGGAGUGCAAGCCUGUAAUGGAUCAGUUUGAUCAGAUACUUGCUGCGUAUAAGAAAGCUCUAGGACCAUGCGGGGAAGCGACAUGCCCCUACGCCCAGAAUUUGGCUGAAGUUAGUUGUAAAAAGCUUUGCGAUCAGCCGGUAGUUUCAGAAAAGAUCGAAGAUGCGCAAGAUGUGGAAAGUGUAUCCUGCAACAGUAUUCCAUGUAGUAUGGAGUCAUGUCCCUACAGAGAGCCUAAAAAGAAGAAAUUUCUGGCUGGUUGUGGAUCCCCCCAAUGUGCCUACACUAAGUAUAAACUUGGUUUGGUAGACGAUGAUGCAGCUCUAGAGCUCCAGUUCCUUCCUCCGGCUAUAUCAGGAAAGUGCGGCCAUCCUAAAUGCCCUUAUCCACUCAAAUCCGAUUUGCCACCUAUUCAUUGGGAUUGCCCAGAUCCUUUACCAAAAGGCAACUGCAAGAACCCAGAGUGUCCUUUCUUGCCACAGGAACUGAAAAUGUUGAAGUGUCCCGGCCUCAGAAAAGGCCCUUGCGGCAGCACCACUUGCCCUUACGCUUUGCCAGCUCCUUGCGAUCUUGCCAGUUGUCCUUUCAGGCAGAAACCUUGCCCUUUUCUUGAAGAGCAACAGAAUAACAAGGAAGACGCAUCUUGUUCUUUGAGUUCUCGGGAUGAGAGGAUUUGCGAAAAUCCUGAUUGCCCUUUUACGAAAAAAGAAGAUGAGGUUUCGACAAACCUUGAUAGCUCAAGUAUUAAAGGCGAGUUUACGAAAUGCGAGAACCCUGACUGUCCUUUCACUCGAAAAGAUGAAGAAAUUAAAAAAUUGAAGAGCUGUCGCGUUGCCAAAAAAUCCAUCCAAAGUCCAUGCGGCAAUCCCGACUGCCCAUUUACUGACGUCAAUCCCGAAAAAGCAGAGAAGAAAAAGAAACAAAGAAAAAGCUCAAGAGAAAAUCCUGGUCAACCUGAAGCAGCUAAUGAUAUUUGCGAAAACCCACAAUGCCCGUUUCAGAAAAAAAUAAAGAAAAAUUCCGCAGGCGAAGUUUGCGAUAAUCCGAACUGCCCUUUUGCAGAGAAAAAAAAUGCAAUCGGUGACAAGGGAAAAAUCAAAAGAAAUAUUUGCGAUAAUCCCGAGUGCCCGUUUGUAAAGAAGAAAUCUGAUGAACCGAUCUGCAACGACCCUUAUUGCCCAUAUGCACAACCGUUACCGUCAUGUGGCGUACCCAAUUGCCCCUAUGAGCCGGUACCUGUUCUUAAUGUCACCUCUGAGAAAUCAUCCAAAAGGGGUAGCAAAGAAGAGAGCUGCGACAAAAAACUUGAAGAAGACGUUGUCUUGGUGGAAACUGAAACCACACUAGUUUGUGAGGAAGCUCCAGAACAGGAAGAGUAUUACGAAGAAUCCCAACCAAAAAUAGAAAAAAAAAAGAAGAAGAGGAGGGGAAAGUUCGUUUAUAGUACAGGUGAUAAAUAUCCGGGGGUUAAAAUAGGACACAGAGAAUGCGUAACACCGGUUUUCAAUGUACCUCCCCGGAUGGGAUGGUUGUGGAACAUCCACACCCCGAUACUGAGAUUGAAGCCUCGAAAGGGUUGGAAACCUGGAGCAAUAGUCAGAACAAUAGCUGAUCGCAUCAGAGCGCAUCGCCAGAUGAAAGGAUUGGGAAUUCUAAAUGUUCCAAAAUUCAGAAAAGAUAGAAAAGGUAUCCAUUCAGACGAUGAAAUCAACGUGUCACCAAAACCCACUCUACACAUUCAGAAAAAAGACGGAUCAUACUGGAUCACGAUGAAUCCAUUGAAGGACCCUUUAACGUUAGCCGAUAAUGAAGAUCCUUACAUGGAAUGCACACCGAUGCAGUUUAAAAUCACCAAGAACAAGCAGAAACCAGCCAUUGAAG